AUGCUUGCUGCUGAGGCCGCUGCUGUUGCUGCAGAACUUGUUGUUGAUGUUGCUGCUGUAGAUGAACUUGCUGCACUUGAGGUAAUUGUACUCGUUGAGCUUGUUGUAGAACAGGAGUUGGUGCUUGUACUGGAGCUGGUUGUGACUGUAGUUGCACUGCUGGGUUUUGCACUUGUGGUACAUAAGGCUGAGGUAGGUGAGGAUGCAAAGGCUGUUGUACUCCAGGCAGCUGUGGUUGAGGGAAUUGUGGAUUAUGCCAUUGAUGAGGGAACAACUAAACUUCACAAAAUUAUAAAAAACAUGAUGUCGUGA